GUGCGCCAAUGCAGCUCGUAGACUGCUACCACCAACGCAGGUGCGCGACCUGCUCGGCGGCAGAAGCCGCGCCCCACCCCAUGGACCGCGGCCGCCAUGGGUUUACAAGCCUCCACUGCUCUUCUCCCUUCCCUCCUCUCCUCCAUGUGUGAGUCGAGCGGCGCGUCUAUAAAAGCCCUCGUGCUCGGCUCCUUGCCGCGAGUUCAGGUGCGUACCCUUCGGCACUUCUUCCCCGAGAGACGCGCGCGUUGCUGCUCUCUGUCUGCGCUGCUCCGCUUCUGUCCGCUGACGAUUUCGAAGAUCGCGCCUGCAGCUUCUUCAUUCGACUGGUUCACGCUGCGCCGAGGCCGCCGGAACACCCUGCACUAGCACUGGGCCAUCGCGUCAACGCUGCUCGAGACGGAUUUACAGUGUCGAGUUUUGCAGGAUUGAGGAAGAGAAGAUUACAACAUCACACGUUGAGCAUUGACUAAUAGCACCUGAUGAAAAUGCGGGGAAAUCCUGAAUUGGUCGCACCAAGGAACGUUUAUUGUUGGGCUGGCAUCUUAAUAUUAAUUUCGUCUUUCGCCGGAUGCGCAGCAGUUUCAGGUUCCUGUUUGAGCUAUGGACACUCGUGCUGGGGUGCCCACGGGAAGCGCAGCGGUGUCGUGCGGCCAGUAGAUAGCCUCAUGCCGAGCGACCUCAGUCUGAAGCAUCCAGCAGCCGGACAGCGUGUGGUGUCGCCGUCUUUCGGCGAGCGUUGGCUACUUUCGCGACUAGUCAACCGGCAACUGAUGCAGGUGCCCCUGCGCGGAAGGAUGCUGACCCAGCCACUCGGCGAUGAGCUGCCCGAGGUCACCUCUUUGGCAAAACACAGUUUACCGCUAGAUAAACUUUCUGGCUCUGUGGAUGUACGAGACCUGGCAAAAGAAGAACAGAGAAUAAGCGAAGGCGAAGAAUCACAUAUUUUGCCGUAUCCUCAGAGCAAAGAUUUUCCAAACGAUGAUGAACAUGCAAUAAAAAUGGGCUUCUAUAAAUUAUUAAAAAACUUUGACGAGAAAUUAAAAUAAGGUCAUCUCUACAUAUUCAUCUAUUUUGAUCAACAAACAAGAUUUAAUUUUAUGUUACUUUUUAUUAUCAGAUUUUCGAAUAAUUUUGUACACCUAAUUGCAAAGCCUUGGACGAAAAAAAAAAAAAAAAAUAAAAAUGUGCAGAGUUCGACAAUCGCGGUAUGGUAAUCAUGCUUACAUAAAAAUUAGAAAUCAUAAAGUUUCUCAUUAUUGUCUUCCAUAAUUUAAAAAACUGCGUGUUUCCUUAGUUACACACGUAAAAGUAAUUAGUAGAAUUGCAUAUGUUUGAUUUGCAGUUAUUUAACGGAAAUUUGAAAUGAAAAUACAAGGCUGGAAUUUUUCAAAUCAAGUUUUCGCGACAUCCGGUAUCUUGCGUAUUAUAUUUGCAAAAAAAACAAUUAAAACUUCUUUAUAAAAAAAAAAAAUACAAAUAGAUAAAAUCUGCAUGCUCUUGAAAUGUAGUAAUAUCUGACUCAU